AUGGCUUCGUGGCUUUACCCCGAAAAGAAAAGCAAUCAAAAUCUUCUUCCACCUCUGCGACAGAAAUCAAGAAUACCAGUCAGAGUGACUCAUCUGAGCGGCGAAAGUGACAGAAGUUUGGAUGAAAAAGCGCUUCUGCAUAGAGAUUCAGACAGAAAACUUCAAAAUAAGCGGCCAUCGCGGAUUCCGAUAGCGGUGGAUGAGAAGAAGAACAAAGUUGAUACUAAAGAAAAUCUUCCCGUGUAUGUUAAAAUACAAGGAGAAGAACCUCUUGGAAAACAUUCAGGUAUUAAGCUAAAAGAUACUCAAGGAAAAGAGGAAAAGAAGAAAGCAAGUACCAUUUCUUCGACCGCAGCUAAAUAUGGCAGUUAUAGGCGUGCUAAAGAAACGAUGCCAAACGUCAGGCGGCGAAUACCACGACAACUUACACCCUUAGAGACAGACUCGAAACAGGUCUGCAGCGAUGAGAAAGAACCACGAGAAGAAAGCUCAGCUGGUGAGGUAUCAUCCUCAGCCAGAACAGAAGAUGUCACGCCAGAUUUUGAAUGUAACGUUGCACCUGUGCUCGAGGAAGAGCUCCGUAUUGGGGCCGAAGCAGAUUUCAGUGGCAGUGAGUUUGGCGACGACUUUGAACGUCACUCAAAAUCUAGCGACGAAAAAGCAAUGCCCAACGUACCCCCAUGGCUAAGAGAGGAGUGCAAGAAGAGAGAAGAAAUCACCCUUAACAAAAACAUCGUGAAGGAUGACACCGCCGUGACAAACGCGGCACAAAAUAUCAGGCUUGAACCAGAGCUUGAUACAGAGGACAAAGUGGACAAAUGUGGUUUGAGCGAGGAAGAGUUGGACUGUAGUUCUUUCACUGAGUCCAGCGGAUACAAAAGGAAAAUGGCUGAGCUGGACGAAAAAUCCAGACGGCUCAAGGCACAGUUUGCAGAGGAAAACAGACAGGCUAUCGAAUCUAUGAACAAGAUCGUAGAGGAGAUCAAACAGAGUCAGGCAAGGGAAGAUAGCAUCACAAAUGAGAUACAGGAGAUGAGACUGAGACAGGAUGAAAUAAAAGACGAUCUUAAACGCCUUGAUGAGAUUGGCCAAAGACGAGAGCUCGAGGAUAAAAAAUGGAGAGAGAGGAUGGAAAAGAAAAAGAAAAAAGUCGCACGUAGACUGGAGAAGAUAAGAGCCGAACGACGUAAAUAUCAAGAAGAGACAGCUGAUGAAGACGGGUCAACAGAAGAGCACGAACAACCGAAUGAGAAUUUAAAUGAAAAUAGAGAAGGGGAGAAAUGCAAACAUGUCACCAUGAAGAACAAAACUGUUGUCAGCGAAGAAAUUGACGACAACAAAGUGCUAUAUGAGCCUCACGAGAUCAAAGAGUACAAAAGUGUGAAGGAGCUGGAAAAGAAGCGGAAAAAACUAAGACGGUUGGAGAGACUGGAAAAGAAGGCAAUUAAAAGAGAGAAGUUAGAACAAAGAGAACGAAAGAAGAUCGAAAAACAAAAGCGAAAAGUUGCUCGCAAACUUGAAAAACUCUCAGGUAAGACUUCAAAGAUUUCGGAAGGAACCUCAGAAACUUCUAAAUGUAUAAAUCAGCCCAUGGAGGCUUCGAAUACUACAACGAAGGAGAACUUCGAUGAAACACCGAGAGUGAGUAAAAGUAAACCAUGCACCGACAAGACUUCAGAUGGGAAAGAGUCCAAGCAAGUCCAAGCAGCUCAUUUUCCUGGAUUGCCCACCAAUGGAGUGGAGGUUGAGAAAAUUGAAGAGAAAUUGGCUGAAGUUGAAAAUAAACAGCAUAUAGCUUCAGAUUCAGGCGCACCCGCUAAAGUAGGAUCGGAAAAAGAGUCUUACAGUGACGCCGCGAAAAAAAAGGAGAAGGUAUGUGACUAUCCUGACGAACAGAUAAAGAGAAUCGAUGACAAUACUGAUGCCGAAGUAGUGUCCGCGGGGAGAGAAGACACACUAGACGAUAUAUCUAUCGAAGAACUUGGGUUGGAACAGGCGCUAAACUUCGAUCAAGAAAGAAAAGGUGAAAUUCAAAUGGAGCCCGAAAAUAGAGACUUCCUCUCGGACAACUCUGGACCAGUUUUAUCAAGGACUGGAUGUCAAGAACCCUUCAGACAAGAAAAAGAGCAACGCCCUCAGGGCGAACCUGUUGCAAUGAGUCACGUAAGCUAUUUCCCUUCGCCUGAUUGCAGCAAACACGAUGAAUAUCGUGCAGCAGACGAGCCUGUUUACGAAGAUGUCUCGGUUUCAAACUGCGAAAAAAACAACGGCUAUGGCGAUUAUAAGCGAGACCUUUUCAGCAGCUUUAGCCCAGUCACUGAUCAGACAUCUCCGCUGACACGAAAGACGUCAGGCAGAUUUACAUCGUUUGACCUGCAGCCGUUGUGUCGCUCACCUGAGAUGGGAGAGGAAAACCCAGUACUGGAAGACUCGCACUCGAAUGCCAACGAAUCAUUGGACAGCGAACACACUAGCCAAAAUUAUAGAAACGAGGAGGUCCCUCUACAACUAGACAACAGAUCAACCGAAAACAAAGAAAAUAGUGGCGAGGAUCAGUCGGAGUUAAUGAGCAAAGGAAGCCAUAACCAUAACGAUGAAACACCAGAGCAAGUGAAGUGUCCAGUCACCUACCAAACUGCACCCCUGACAAGAAAGGUCUCAGAAAGGUUUACACCGUUUUGGCUGCAGCUGUCGUGGCGCUCACCUGAGAUGGCAGAGAACAAUCUAACAUCGGAAAAUUCGGACUCUAUCGUUGACGAAUCAGUUGAGAGCGAACGCAUUGACCAAAAUGACAGCAACGAGGAGGUGCCUCAACAGCUCGUUAAAAUAUCUCCCGAAAACAGAGAAAACGAUAUCCAGGAUCAAUCGCAGUUGAUGAGAGAAGAGAGUCAUAGUCAUAAGGCAGAAGAUAAUCAAAUAUUGCAAGACACAGAUUCUACGGUCGACAAAUUAGUGAACAGCGAGCAUAGCAAUAAAAAAUAUAGUAACGAGGAGGUGCCUCAACAGCUCGAAAACAGAUUCGCUGGAAACGAAGUCAGGUCAAAUAAUGAUGAUGCCAACCAUACGAAUUCCAGCGACAUUCUCGAAGGAUUUGAGGGGACGCUUUCAGAAAGAACUGCUCCUUGCUCAGAUGACAAAACUGAUAAAGAUACUGACUCUGAAAUAAGUUGCCGUGAAGAAACUCGCCGUUCAUUGAAAACAGACCUGUUCUCCGAUGUCAUCAAAGAAGCCGGUGAUGAAAGCCGUAACAAAAAGGCGCUAACGGAACUAAUCCAAGAAGAGCUGAUAUCUUCAUCGGAGAGUCCAGCUAAAUGCUCUUUAGCUGUCGAAAAUGGAAACAACAAUGAGAGGCCUUUAAAAGGCGAGGGAAGCUCUAGCCACAAAGACGAUAUUUGCGAUCAAUUUAAGGACAGAGACCAACUUACUAGCUCGUCUUUUCACUCACCUGAACUAGGAGCAGGCAAUGAAAAGUUGGAAGUUACGGCCUCUACAACUGACCAAUUGGAGGGUAAUAAAGAAAGCGUACGCAAGCGACCUAACUUGAAGGACUCAUCUUAUAUGACUACAAACAACAUAAAGUCAUAUAAUGACGCUAACGAUACAUCCUGCAACGAUAUCCCUGAAGAAUUAGAAGAGAUACUUUUGGUGUCUGGGGUGUCCUCUCACACGGAAGAAGAAAGCGUUUACGAGACGAACGUGCAAGUAAUUUGUAAAGAAGAAGAUAGUUGCACCUCUAGCUCUGACGCACUAUCUACCCCCUGCCGUGGUGAAAUCUCGAUGGGAGCCUAUGAGACCAAAACGGAACGCAGAAAAGAAAACGUGGUUAGCGAUGAAAGUGGACAAAUGUGCAACGUAGAUAAUAUCAUCGACGAUACGGAAACAGCUCCUCAGCAACUCGAAAAAGAAUUGGCUGAAAAGGAAGACAAGUCCUGUAACAACGCCGACGAUGCAGUCCAUAGUGAUAGACCCAAAGCUACUCCAGAUAACUCGUCUUCCGUUCAGAAUGAUGACAAAGCUGGCGAGAAGCAAAAGAUGACUGAAAAUAAAGAAAAUUAUUGGAAAGAGGCCGAGGUCCUCGUUAAAUAUUCAGAUGCCUCGUUUGAUGACAAAAAAGGAAGUCUGUCUUCGAUUGAUGACAAAGGCGACUCCGUCUUACAACAACACAAAACAAAAGUAUGCAACUUUGAUUCGUUGAAUGACAAAAAACGAAAGAAGGUUUCCGAUGACAUGGCAAAGUUUUCUCCAGACAAAGAAAAUUCGAUUGAGGACGAGUUUAUUGAGGACUUCGACCGUUUUCUUGAUGAAGUCGAGGAAGAUAUACUAACAGAGGAAAGCAUGUCUCAGAUUUCACACAGUGCUGAGAAUGAAUGCAGUGCCUUACCAAGUUACGAGCGAUCGGUAGCAGCAGUCGUAAAUAUUUCUGAGUAUUUAUUCCAACAAGAGUUUUCUAAGGCUUUGGAAACUACUCUACCUGACAGUAAGAAAGAGUAUACAUCGCAAUCGGAAAAGUCUUCAGAGGAAGAACUCGAACUGGAGAAAAGGAAAUAUUUGGCGAAAGAUGUCUACCGAUCAGAAGAUGUUGCUGAGUACAGAUACGUCAUUGGAAUAGCCCUUGACAAGUUGAAUCACAUAAACUCAGUGCUAACAGACGCGGGAGAACAGUUUCUUGACAGGAGAAUAAAACAUAGACGUUGCGCCGUACACGGGGAUAUCGACUCAGGUACUAGGCUACUUAACAGUAUUGAUGUACUCAAUGAUAACGUUAAAGGCGCGGUGAAAGAUUUCAAACUUGCAAUUCAAAUGACUGAAGUAGAACCAAAGUUCCACAAAGAAAACGACGUGGUGAAACUUGGACAAAUUAGAAAGGAAAAUACCGAGCUUGAAAUACAGAUAAGCGUCAUUAAGGAGGAACUUGAGACGUACCAAAAGAGGAUAGAAAAUUUGCAGGCUGACCUGGAUGAGAGCAAAGAUGAAGUAAGGCGACUGCAGUUAAGGGAAGAAUACAAAGAAAGGGAACUGUCAAAUUUAAAACGUGAUAUUCAGAGCAAGGAGCGAAAAUGGGAAGAAGGAAAUGAAACCGUGGAAAAGGUUAUGGGGGAUAUAAAAGAAUUAUGGGAUGAUGUCGAUUUCUUGGAGGAAAGCUUAAAGAACAGUCAAAAAAGCAAUGAAGAUCUGAUGUUUCAGGUUGAUGAGCUGAAGAAAACGAUAAAGGAAAUGAAAAAGGAGUAUUGGAUGGAACAUAGUCGCGGUGGGUGCGGGCAUCUACGCGAAGAAGUAGAAUUAUUAAACGGAUCCCUAGAAUUGAAGGAACAGCGAUUAGUUCUGUUGGAAGGACAACAGGCUAGACAAUUUUCUCAGCACGCAGUAAAGGAUAAAGAAUUGAGAGAACUUAAAGACGAAAAUUUGAGAGUAGUCAGCAAAUUGGAAGAUCAGCUUGCAAAACUUAGCAGAGAAAAUUCAGCGCUCGCUACGGAAUUGUUAAAAGUGUCAGGGAAGGACGAUGAAGUGGGUGAAGUGAAGGAUGAAACGUCGACCAUUAUUGAACAUCUCAGGAAAGUAAAAGUUGAGUUAGGCCAAGAAAAUUAUAUGCUAACAUCAGAACUAUCACAGGCACUGGUGGAAAAUGAAUCUUUGAAGAAAGCAAACGGCCAAGUGUCGAACAUGAUGAGGCAGUUUGAAGAUGAGCUUGCUAGGCUCAAGAAAGAACACUCUAUGACAGAUCUGCGAGCUUCAUCAGACGAGAAUAACCGUUGGAAUGGGAUUAAAGAAGAGACGUUUGGUGUUGUGCGUCAACUUGAAAAUAAAAUUUCGAGACUUCUGAAAGAAAACUUAACCAUAGCCGUGAAAUUGUCGGAGAAAUCAGAACACAAGACACAGUUAAACGAGCUAAAAUAUGAAACAACAAAAACGAUUGGCGAUCUUAAUGAUGAAAUUGCGAAGUUGCAAAGGGAAAAGUCCAUAUUGUCCUCGGAACUAUCAGCAAAGGAAUCAGACAAAAAUAACCAGUUGUAUGAGUUAAGAUGUGAAAAAUGGAAGAUUGAAAGAAAACUUGAAGGUGAAAUCACAGACUUAAGUCGCGAAAACUCCACUUUGACCGCGAGACUAUCCGCAAAGGCAUCCGAAACGAAUGACAAGCUCAAAGAACUGAGAGAACAACUGGUGGCCUUAAGCUGUAACAAUAGCGCUCUUAAAGAAGAGUUAAUGAAAACUAAAAAUCGUUCUGCGAAAGAUUUGGAAAGUGUUCAUAAUGAUAGCUGUGAAUUCGCUCAAGAUGAAAAGUGUUUAAGUGGAGGCCAGAAAAAGAAAAGCCCUGAAAUCAAAGUUUUAAAGAAACGCGUCCGUCGAUCUGAACGAGAACUUGUUAUAUUAAGGAAGUUCCUUCGACAAAGGGGUCUUGACUUUGGAGAAAGGCUAACAAGCGUUGUUGAUGGAGAUGUAACAAGUACAGGCGACGAGGAAGUGAGUGCAACGGACACUUUGCAUCUUUCUCGAGAAGUCAGGCUGGACGAAGGUAAAAAAUAUAAAGUGCAAGAAACGGAAAAAACCAUCAGAGAUCUCCGACAAACUCUGCAGCAGACGGAACGUACUUUGGAACAUACAAACAGUGCUUUGAGAUUGAAGACAGAGAAAACAGAUAUUUUAGAACGCUGCUUGAAGGAAAAGGAAGAAAUGCUCCAGAUGAAAAGCCAACAGAGCAAGCAGGACAUAGAGCAGACCGAAGGAACUUUGAGAUGGCAGAAAGAAAGAACUGAGGAACUUAAGGUUCAGUUGAAAAAUCUAACUGAGGCGGCGGAGGCUUUCAUGAAAAGUAAAGCAAAGGAGGUGGAGGAAGCUAACUGCUGUAUCAAGGAGCAAGAUGAGACGAUAAAAAAUUUACUCGAAGAGAUAAGGCAGGAAAGAUGUGACAAGGACCGCCGCGUAUUACAGUCUGAAAGAAUAGGAGAACUUGAGACUCAGUUGCAAAGAAUGGAAGAAAUGAAAAGAAGCACAGUUCACCGAAUUGAUGCCUUGGUGCUCGAAGUGAGGAAACAACGUUCAGAAAAAGAGCGUUUAAAAAGGGUCAUAGAAGCUAAAGAGUGUACUUGUUGUGAAGACAAAGACCUUAUGAAGAUAACUGAAAAUCAAGAGAAUCAGUUACGCAAGAAGGAUGACCUGACAAAUGCCACUCUCACUUUAAACAACAACAAGAGGUCACUACAGGAAGCUAAUAGCACUAUCGAUAUGCUACACAAACAGUUGGAGCGGGAAAAGUCGGAUAACGAGAAUCUGAGAAGGGCCUUGAAGGCGUCAGAGCAUGAUACUAAUGAAAGAAACAGAUUGACUCAGAAAAUUGAAAAACUAGAGAACCAACUACAAGAGAUGGAUGAUCUACGGGAAAAUACUUUACGGUCUCUUCAGGGAAAAGAAUGGUCGUUAGAAGAGGCUCGUAAUAAGAUCAAAGAAUUAACACGAGAAAUAGCACGAGAAAAGUCGGACAAAGAGUAUUUCAAGAAGAAAGUCGAUGCUGGAGAGAAUACCUCUAAUCGCCUGAAGCUCGUUAAAAAAGAGACCAUCAGAAAAGCAGAACAGACGGGUUGCCUAAUGGCACAGGUGGGAAAAGGGCUGAGGAACUUGGUUCAAAGACAAAGAGAAGUGUACGCAUCGAGCCUGAUAAUGAAGAAGACGGAAGCCUAUACAGCUAGUGUUGUGGAAAAAUUGAGAAAAGAUUUGAAUGAUAGAGAAGAAUCCGUGAAAUACUUAAGGAGUUGUUCUCAAGACAGUGCUAACGAAUGCUCGUUCAUGCGACGGCUGCUUGAAGAUAUUCAAUGCGAAAAUGCUCACCUCAAACGGUGUCUGGGAGACAAGGAUGAGAAAGUAAGAAUGCUCGAAACAAUUGCCAAACAACUGGAGGAAGAUCUUCAAAAGACGCAAAAGUAUUUAAAAGAAAAGGAAGUCGGGUUUGUUGACGCAAAUGAAACCCUACGAUUGAAAUGCUCGCUUCUCACAACUAUGGAGGCCAAAUUAUGUUUAAGGAACAAAGAGAUUGACGAAUUAACACAAGAAAACAAGGAGAAAAGCUUAGAGCUAACUCGCAUCGAGACCACCCUUAGAGAAGUAAAAAAAGAGUUAGAUAUUACUGCAUCCAUCAUCGAGAAGCAAAAUGAACAAUGUGCUAACCUUAAGAAUUGUGCAGUGAGAAAAACCCGAGAUGCAGAAGAGAUGCAUGACGAAUUGAAACGCUUGUCAACUCAACUUGUAUGUAGCAAGGAGGAGAAGUGUAACCUUCACAGAGCAGUGUUAGCUGCCACAUCGCGCUUGGAAUACGAGAGUAAACAGUUUUGGGAUAUGAAGAUGGACCUUCGGGAGGCUGCGGCUCGGAUCUCUGUACUUGAAGAUGAAAAGGAAGAGCAAGAGGAAAACUUAGCAGCCUUUAAAGGAAAAGUAUCACGAGAACUUGACCUAUUAAAGGAGACACGGCAUGGGGGAAAUGAAGAGUCGAGUUCGCUUCAGUUGACGAUUGGUUCAGCAGAACGUGAGAUAGCCAAGCUGACAAAGGAGAAUCAAAAGCAGUUCAGGAUUGAGUUAUUGCACAAUGGGCUCGAAAACAAGUCUUCUGAGUCGUCAUGUGAGGAAAGCACCUUUCGCACCCUAGAAACCACGAGAGGAAAAGCUUUAGCAGCCAGUAGUCAGGGAGACACUCAGAGUAAAUGGGUGAAUAACUCCAGAUUUGAGAAACGUUUUGAAACAAGGGGAGAUAAUCGUUUCAACCGCACUGGUACUAUCACAACUCGUGGAUCAUCUAAUACAGUUUCGAUCCUCCUCUACAAUGGUUAA